AUGGCGGAGGGGCCCCGGGGCGCUCCGCCGCCGGGCUCGCCCCGCCCCGCCGCGCCGCUGCCCAACGGGCCCCGCGGCGGCGGCGGCGGCGGCGGCAGCCCCGGCUCGGGCUCGGGCAGCAGCAGCCGCGAGGACUCGGCGGAGCGGAGCCCCGCGCCCGCCGCGCCCCGGGCCAGCAUCAUGAAGGAUGGCUCUCGGCAGCGGCCCCCACACAAGAAGAAGACAGUGUCCUUCAGCUCCAUGCCCAAUGACCGCAAGAUCAACAGCACGGCUGCCUGCAUCUCCCUGAUGCUGGAGGGCUGCGAGCUGAAGAAGGUGCGCUCCAACUCGCGCAUGUACAGCCGCUUCUUCGUGCUGGACGCCGACAUGCGCUCCGUGCGCUGGGAGCCCUCCAAGAAGGACUCAGAGAAGGCCAAGAUUGAGAUCAAGUCGGUCAAAGAGGUGAGGGUGGGCAAGAAGACGCCAGUCCUGCGCAGCAAUGGGCUCUCUGAUCAGUUCCCCGACGAGUGCGCCUUCUCCAUCAUCUACGGGGACAACUACGAGUCCCUGGACCUGGUGGCCAGCUCGGCAGAUGUGGUGAGUGCCUGGGUGAUGGGGCUGCGCUAUCUGGUGUCCUACGGGAAGCACAGCCCUGAGGCGCCCGGGACUGGCCACCCCAGCCUCAGGACGUCCUGGAUCUCCUCCGUCUUCGACCUGGCUGACCUGGAGAAGUCCGGCCGCAUCCCCGUGUCCCGGGCUGUGCAGCUGAUCAAAGCACUCAACCCUGGCAUGAAGACCUCCACCAUCGAGCUGAAGUUCAAGGAGCUGCAGAAGGCCAGCGAGCGUCCUGGCACGGAGGUGGCCUGUGACCUCUUUGUGGAGGCAUACUGCGAGCUCUGCACCCGCCCUGAGAUCUUCUUCCUGCUGGUCCAGUUCUCCAGCAACAAGGAAUACCUGGGUGUGAAGGACCUGCUGAUGUUCCUGGAGGUGGAGCAGGGCAUGGAGGGGGUGACAGAGGAGAAGUGCUUGGAGAUCGUCAGCAAGUACGAGCCCUCCAAGGAGGGCCGGGAGAAGGGCUACCUGGCCAUCGACGGCUUCACACGGUACCUGCUCUCUGCUGACUGCUCCAUCUUCGACCCCCAGCACCGCAAGGUCUGCCAGGACAUGGCUCAGCCCCUCUCCCACUACUACAUCAGCUCUGCCCACAGCGCCUGCCUGCUGGAGGACAACUUCUGGGGCCGCUCAGACAUCAGCGGCUACAUCAGCGCCCUGGGCCUGGGCUGCCGCAGCAUCGAGCUGGUGCUGUGGGACGGCCCCGAUGGAGAGCCCGUGGUCUACACCAGCCCCUCGGCCGCCUCCUGCGUGCCCUUCCGUGCCGUGGUGGGGCUGAUCGACCAGCACGCCUUCACUGCCUCGGCCUACCCCCUGAUCCUGUGCCUGGUGGUGCGCUGCUCGGCCCCCCAGCAGCGCCUCGCUGCCCAGUGCCUGCGCAAGACCCUCGGCGAGAAGCUGUACCUGGAGCCCCCCAACCCCGUGGCCUCGUACCUGCCCUCCCCGGAGGAGCUCAAGGGCCGCAUCCUCAUCAAGGGCAAGAAGCUGCCGCCCACCUGCGAGGACAGCGAGGGCGAGGUGUCGGACGAGGAGGAAGGCUGGGAGCUGGCGCGGAGACUGGGCCAGGAGGACCGGGAGGCGCCGGAGGGAGGCGGCCUGCGGCGGGUGCGCCUCAGCCGGGAGCUCUCGGAGCUGGUGAGCCUCUGCCAGGCUGUGCCCUUCCAGGACUUCGAGAGCUCCAGGCGCGGGCAGCGCUACUGGGAGAUGUGCUCCUUCAGCGAGGUGGAGGCGGGACGCUUCGCCAACGAGUGCCCGGCCGAGCUGGUCAGCUACAACAAGCGCUUCCUGUCCCGCGUCUACCCCAGCCCCAUGCGCAUCGACGCCAGCAACAUGAACCCCCAGGACUUCUGGAAGUGCGGCUGCCAGAUGGUGGCCAUGAACUACCAGACGCCAGGGCUCAUGAUGGACCUGAACGCGGGCUGGUUCCGGCAGAACGGCGCCUGUGGCUACGUCCUCCGCCCGGCCAUCAUGCGGGAGGAGGUUUCCUACUUCAGUGCCAACGCCAAGGACUCCCUGCCCGGCGUGCCAGCCCAGCUCCUACACCUCAAGGUCAUCAGCGGGCAGAACCUCCCCAAGCCCAAGGGCUCGGGGGCCAAGGGGGAGGUGGUGGAGCCCUACGUGUGCGCUGAAAUCCACGGCAUCCCGGCCGACUGCGCCGAGCACCGCACCAAGACCGCCCUGCAGAGCGGGGACAACCCCAUCUUCGACGAGAGCCUGGAGUUCCAGAUCAACCUGCCCGAGCUGGCCGUGCUGCGCUUCGUGGUGCUGGACGACGACUACAUCGGGGACGAGUUCAUUGCCCAGUACACCAUCCCCUUCGAGUGCCUGCAGCCCGGCUACCGCCACGUCCCCCUGCAGUCGCUGGCCGGGGAGCCCCUGCCCCACGCCACCCUCUUUGUGCACGUGGCCAUCACCGACCGCCGUGGCGGGGGCAAGGGGCACCGCCGGGGGCUGGCGGGGCGCCGGGGCCGCCGGGUCAGGGAGUACACCUCCACCAAGGCCACCGGCAUCAAAGCCAUCGAUGAGGUCUUCAGGACGGCCACCCAGCCGCUGAGGGAGGCCACGGACCUGCGGGAGAAUGUGCAGAAUGCGUUGGUGUCCUUCAAGGAGCUGUGUGGGCUGACACCCGCUGCCAACAUGAAGCAGUGCAUCCUGACGGUGUCCACGUGGCUGCUGCACAGUGACAGCGCGCCCAGCGUCACCCUGAACCUGGCAGAGCAGUACCCACCCAUGGAGGCCCAGGGCCCCAUCCCCGACCUGCUGCGCAAGGUCCUCACCGCCUACGAGACGAUGAUCCAGACCAGCAGGACCCUGAUCGAGUCUGCCGACGCCGUGUACGGGAAGCUGAUCCAGGCACAGCAGGCAGGGAUGGAUUUCCACAAGGAGCUGCACCGCAUCGAGACCAAGGAGGGGCUGCGGGGCCGCAAGCUGCAGAAGGCGCUGGAGAGCUUCGCCUGGAACAUCACUGUCCUCAAGGGCCAGGCUGACCUCCUCAAGCACGCCAAGGCGGAGGCUCUGGACAACCUGUGGCAGAUCCACAACGCGGGCCAGUCGUGCGGCCUCGGCAGGAACGGCUCAGCCUCGCCCGAGCCCUCGCGGCUGCCGGCCCCGCUGGAGCCCAUCCCCGAGACAGACGGAGGCGGCGAGCCCGCGUCCUGCUGACCCCGGCCCGGGGCUCGGGGCCCGGACUGAGCAGCCCUGGGCACAGGGGCUGUGGGAGCAGGGAGCCCCAGCCUGCCUGGGCAGGGUCUGUGGGCUGGGUGCCCUGCGCUGCUGAGCUUGGGGAGAGAUGGCCCUGCUCCCUCGUGCCCUGCCGAGCUCCCAGAGGACUCAUCCAUGCCCUCCAUCUGAUUCUGGAGCCAGAUCUCUGCUGAGGGGCCAGUGGGGAUGCUGGUACCCCAGUGCCCGUGUGCAUGUACUCCCAGCCUGCUGUGCCAGAUGCCACUUGGAAAAGCAGCUCCUGCCCACCCUCCCCAGGGCUGCAGGUUUGGCCUCCACCAGCCCUGGGGAAAAGCUGCCUGGCAGAAGGAUCGUGGCUGCUCCUGUCGCCUCCACAGCAUCCCUGGGGCUGCGAGGCUCUCUGGUGCAGCAGAUGUAGGGCCAGGCUGUCCCUGGACAGCAGAUGUGGCUGCUGGCAUCAGGGAAAUGUUUGGGUUCAUCCCCAGGGCAGGGGAGUUGAGCACAAGCAAAGGCUGGAGGUGCUCUGGGGUCAGGCUGGGGAGUGUUACAAAGAGUGCCAGGGCCUCCCUGGUGCCCUGUGGCUCCCUCUGUGCCAGGUACAGCACCACGAUGGGAUGGUGUCACCAAAGGGGAUGGAGCGUGGCACUGGUACAGGACCCUGGUGGCACCGGGUACAGGACCCUGGUGGCACUAUCCCUGCCUGGCACCGGGUAC